UCUUCGAACAUCACUUUCAGGUCUCUCUCUCUUUCUCUCUCUCUCUCUCUCCUCCGUCUCUAAAAUCCAAUGGCGUUGCUCGGCGAAGACGGCCGAGGCUACGAGCUGGCUCGGAGGCUAGAAAAUCAGGGCGUGUGGCGGUCGUGGCUGGGCGACUCGCUCUAUGCCAACUUCGUCCCGUCGCUCUCCUCACCGUCUACUUGGGAAGCCUUCAUGCGAGCCGACGACUCCAAAUCUAGGGCUCAAAUCCAUCUGCAACUGCGAGCGCGGGCUCUCCUCUUCGAUAAAGCCUCCGUUUCCCUCUUCCUCUCCCCGCCUUCUUCCGCCGCUGUUGCCAAGCUAAACCCCAACUAUUUGCAGUUGCAUGGCGAUGAUGUUUACUUCACUUUGGAAGAUGAAGCUUGUGAGCAAGACGGUGUUGUUGCUGCUAGAACGGCGCCGUCGAAGAUCCAAUCUAAAGCGGCCACUAGUGUUGGAUCAAGAUAUGGUGAGAAAGAUAUGGAUAAUGUGUCCCAGAGGUACCGGCAUGAUGACUUAUUGCCAGAAUCCUGGCUUACUCAGUUUUUUGAGAAGUAUAGAGCUACUAAACCAUAUAAGUUAUUGUGUGGGGAUUGGGAGACAGACAAACGUUCCCCUGAGCAGAUGGCUACUUAUUUGAGAAUUCUUGAUAAGCAAAAGAGAAGACGAGUAGCCUUUAAGGAAGAUGAACCCAGUGGUUUUGGCAAUGCCAUGUUGGAAAAUGAAUCACACAAACUUAGAAACUCAGGUCUAAGUGACAAUGAUGCCUCUGAUGAUGAGAUGUACUUUUUUCCUGAAACCAUGUUUCCAUUUAACUGUGUUCCUGAUAGUGCCCUUCCUCUCAUAACUCGAGUGGAAGAGAAGCACCGAGUUGAGUUUAAUGGUGUUCUUGAUAUGCUUCCCCAAAUUAUGACCCGGAGCCCUAUCAUGAUCGAAAGGCUUGGAAUUAGGCCAGAAUAUCUUAACAUGGAACAGGGAGGACAUCAAUAUCGUGGAAAAGUUGGAUCUGAUGGAAAUAGAAAACUUCUUGCUCAAGAGCAAGCAUCAGAAUUGUCUAGAAAGGUGGUAGCUCGUGUGCUAGCAAAUGUGGGGUAUGAAGCUUCUUCACAAGUCUCAGUGGAAGUCUUAUCUCAGUUUCUGAGCUGUCACAUCUGUAAGCUUGGCCGCAUCUUGAAAGUACUUGCUGAUAAUUACAAAAAACAGUGCUCAGCAAUUGAACUAGUUAAGAUGUUCCUUCAAACAGCAGGGAAUAGUAAUCUUGGGGCUUUAGCAGAGCUUGUGAAGGAUAGUACAAGGAAUUCUGCGCAACAAGCUCAGCAACAAAUACAGGUUAUUCAGUCGCAGAUGCAGCCACAGCAGCAGGCUCCCAUUCGACAAGCUCAGCAAAUCCCAAGGCCAAUAUAUACACAGAUGCCGCAGAUGGUUAAUUCCCAGAAUCUGGCUUUUCAGCAGCAGCAGCAGUUGGAAAGAAUGCGAAGACGCCAGCAACAGGCUGCAACUCGGCCUGGCAUGAACAUGAAUAUGGAGAAUGUAAGACCCUUGGUGGAAGUGAAGAUUGAAAAUCCUGAAUUUCCAAUUGAAAGUAAUGCUUUUGGCUCAAUGAAUCCCCAAAUACAGCUCCGGCAAUUUCGACAACAGCAACUUGCUGCCUUGUCAAAUUUCAAUCCCCAAGCUAGCAGUCAAUUCAGGCAAUUGGCUUCACUUCAAAUUCCUCAAGCCCAAACACCGAGCAUGGGCACUGCCAGGGCUCCCCCCGUGAAGGUCGAAGGCUUUCAGGAACUGAUGGGUGGAGAUGCUACACUAAGGCAUGACUCAGAGGAAAACAAGUUAACAUCUCCUCCCAAGUAAAUAGUGAAGAAGGUAAUCAUGGAUAACCAAACAAAUCUCCUAAGCUGGGUAACCUUGGUAGCCAUAAUCAAAACUUCUGCUUUGAAAAUUUUGGACUCUUUUUGUUCGUCAACUCUUUUUAUUAUUCUUUUUUUCGUCAAGUUUGUUCUGCAAGUCUUUUACCUGUAUAUUUUGUGUACAUAAUUAGAUGAUAUACAAGGAAAAUUGGAUUUGGGUAGAAGUUUUCCCCA